AUGGGUCACCUGUUUUGCAGGUGCGCCUGCGGGCCCGGCAUCCCUGGGGAGUUCGAGAUCCGAAGGGAGGGCGAGGCAUCGCAGGCGUUCCCAUCCUCGCCCUCGCGGCCGUCACGACGGGCCGGCAAGGAGGUACUAUCGCCCAGGCGCCAGGAUCGCGUGAAGACUCGCAGCGACCGCAUCUUCCUUGCCGGCGCUUUGCGCGGCAGCAGCCUGCUGCAGCAGCUCGGCAAUGACCAGAUUGAGCAGCUUGUGGAGUGUCUUGAGUUCUAUGAGUUCCAGAUGGGCGACACCAUCCAAAGCGAAGGAUCUCACGGAGCGUACUUCUACAUCGCCCACACGCCCGGCCUGGAUGUGGUACUCCAUGGGGUGAGUGUCAGCAGCCUGGCUGCAGGGCAGACCUUUGGAGAGAUGGCUCUGCUGCAGAAGUGCCCCCACAGCUGCUCGGUGGUGGCCUCCCGCUGCGCCGGCGUCUGGGCCGCCGAGAGCCGCCUCGUUCGGGAGGCGAUCUUGUCGGCCGUGACGAGACAGGUGGAAGAUGUCAGGUCUUUCCUGGACUCCGUACCCAUCCUGCAAGGCCUGUCCGCGCGCGAGCUUGAUUGCGUGGCGGAUAUGUCGGUGGUGAAGACCUUCGAGGUGGGGGAGGCGCCGGCGGGCGGCGCAGGGAGUUCCGAGCUGAACCACGGCUUCCUGGUGAAGAGCGGGCGCCUGGAGGUGCAGUACUUCGGCGAGGAGGAGCUCGCGAGGGUCGGGGACUGCAUUGGUCAGCGGGCGCUGCUGUAUGGUGACACUUCAUCGGUCCACUCCCCGGAGUACGCUGAUCUUGGGGAAAUUGCUGGACCUCUGAAGGUGAGCGUUCGAGUGGUGCAGCGCUGCGAGCUCGUGAUCGUGAAUGCGCGGAAGCUGCGGCAGCUGGUGGGCAAGAACGAAGCGGCCAUCAAACUCCAACAAGGGCGUUUGAUGUCGAGCUUGCUGGCCUCGCCAGCGCUUGCUGGCUCGGAGCUGGUGCCGGAGAUCUCCAAGUCCCUGGAGCUCUGCGAGUACCUGCCAGGUGCGAGGAUCCCGGCCUCCAUUGGGCUCUUUGUGGUUUUGGACGGCACGGUGCAGUUGGGCCAACGCCCCGCCCUGCGGGUGCUGCGCCCCGGCCACGCGGAGCUGCCGCCGGCCGCGCGGUCAGGAACCCCGGACCGGGCGCUGCUCGGAGCUGCGCACGAGGCUCCCUUGGUGGCUGGACAUUCCGGAUGUCGGCUGGCGGUCUUGCCGCACCAACUCAGGACGGACGACUCGGCGGGGAUGAAAGCCCGGGUCAUUGCCGUGCUGUCCCGGGUCUCCAUCUUCCGCCAGGUCCAUGAGGCGACCCUGGAAGUGCUCUUCCACUGCGUCAAGACGCAGAUCUACCGAAAGGGCGAAGAGAUCGUGAAGCAAGGUGACAAGGGAUCCCACUUCUACGUCAUCGCGGCGGGGCAGGUGGAGAUGAUAAAAGAUGGCCAUCCGGUGAGGAGGAUGAUUCAAGGAGGCUGCUUCGGCGAAAGAGCCGUGCUGUUUCUGGAGCCCUGGUCUACAUCUUUCAAGAUGGUGGCGUCCGAGGGAGAAGUCUGGUUCUGGGAUCGGUCAAGCCUGCUGCAGGCCCUGGCGAAGGAGAGCCGCGCCGCGGAGCAGCUGAGGCACCGCGCGCUGCUGCAGGAUCCCGGGGUGCAGCUGCGUGACUUGCGGCGCUUGGGGCAAGUGGGCAGCGGCACCUCGGGCACUGUCUGGCUGGUGCGGCACAACGAGACAGGGGCCCAAUAUGCUCUCAAGCGCGUGGAAAAGAUCAACGGCAAGGCACCCCAAGAGGUGCAGCGGGAGAUCGAAAUCCUGUCCGAGAACGACCAUCCUUUCCUCAUGCACAUGGUGAAAUCCUUGGAGACGCAGCGCAACAUCUAUGUCCUGGCGGAGUAUGUGGGCGGCGGUGAGCUCUACGCAGCCAUGCGCUCCAUCAACACGGUGUUCAGCCGCGAGCAGGCCAUGUUCUACGUGGGCUCCUUGCUGCUGAUGCUGGAAGCCAUGCACGAGCGCAACGUGGUCUACCGGGAUUUGAAGCCUGAGAACGUCUUGCUGGACGCCGAGGGCUACCUGAAGUUGGUGGACUUUGGGACCGCCAAGAAGUUGGAUGCCAAGUGCGGCCGGACUUUCACCUUGGUGGGCACCACCCACUACAUGGCCCCCGAGAUCAUGCGCGGCAAGGGCUACGGCCUGGAAGUGGACGUGUGGGCUUUGGGCAUCGUGCUUUACGAGCUACUCUGUGGGCAGCUACCUUUCGGCGAGAACGCUGACAAUGACAGGGAGGUCUGCCGAGCAGUGUUGGCUGGGAAUCCUAAGAUUCCAGAGCAGCUUGAGCCUUGCUCAAAGGCUCUCGUUGCAAAUCUGCUGGAGCCGCGGCCGCGGCGGCGGCUGGGCUGCGGCGCCAACGGCUUGCAUGACAUCAAGGAGAGCGGCUUCUUCCUCGAUUCCAAACGGAAUGGCGAUGAGGUGAGAGCCCGAGAGGAUGAGGACUACUUCACGCGCUUGCUCAGCCGCAAGCUUGAGGCGCCCAUCCGACCCCCCGUCAAGGACACUCCGGAGAAGCCUGGUGAGACUCUCACCGACUACGAGGAGGAGAUUUUGCCGAAGGAGCAGCGAAGCGAGCGCCGAGCUCGGAGCCGAGCCCUGGAGAUUCGGAUCGAGCUCUGCGCGCCGAACAAACUGGCGCUCGCUCGCGGCCGAAAGAGCCGAGUGCUGUCAAGGGGCCAAGGUUGCACAGAUCGUGGCGUCGCCCGGUUGGCCAGCAGUGAUGAAGUUUUGGAGCGCAACUUCUUAGCGCGGUGCAAGGAGCAGCGGCAGCGAUUGGAGGCGUCCUUUUGUGCCGAAUGCCUCAUGGCCUGCAAAUGGUAUGCAGGCCUUUCCCGAGUCUCCGAUCCUUUCUGAAGGCCCACGCACGCAGAGUGGCAGGGCAACGAAAAAUGGGGUCCCGCGAUCUUUGAGCUGGACGAUGACGUGUUCGCCUGCUGAAGCAGGCAAGAGGUCCAGGUGAGCUGCCUGGCCAAAAACCCGGCGGGCCG